AUGAACGCUGCAGCCGCUGGAGACAAGGCCUCCGCCGAGUCCAACUACCCACUCGCCAUCCAACACUACACCCGCGCAUUGAGCGAGCUUCCCCGCGCCCCGGCCUACUAUAUCUCCCGCUCAACCGCCUACUCGCGCGUCAAGCCCGCAGAUGGCGGACCGAACUACACAGCCGCACUCAAAGAUGCCGAAACCGCUCUGCAGCUCGCCCGAGAGCGCGGAAACCGCGAGAUGAUGCUUUCCGCCCAGAUGCGCCGCGCCGUGACGCUCUUCCAGCUCGAGAGGUUUGGAGAUGCGGCGUUUUUGUUUGAUAUCAUUGCGGAAAAGUCUAAGAGCACGAAUGAUCCACAGAACAAAUCGGAUCAGGUUCAGGCUGCUAUGGGGGGCUCGGCCCUUGCCUCGGCGGGCUUGAAGAACAAUUACAGUAGCCAUUUGCCGAUCUGGACGGCUAAGGUCCAGCGAAAGCUGAAUGAGCUCGGGAAGGACGAUCCUAAGUUUGCUGUAUCUGUUGCUGAGGUUCCGGAUGAGACUCAUGUUCCGACUGCGGAGGAAAUGAAGGCUGAGUGGAACGCUCUCACUGGAAAUGCGCCGAAGGCUCAGACAGUCUCUGCUCCGUCUAGUUCUUCUGCUUCGCACAAUAAAGAUGCAAAGGCUAGUACUCCGGCUACUUCUGCCCCCGCUGCUUCCGCUCCGGCUGCCUCCGCUCCGGCGAAGCCACGCCAUGAGUGGUAUCAGUCCCAGGACUCUGUCGUUGUGACGCUUUACGUCAAGGGAAUUGCGAAGGACAGCGUCGCAGUUGACCUGAAAGAAACUUCGGCUUCGCUGCAAUUCCCCCUCCCAUCUGGUUCAGAAUACGACUUCACCCUUGACCCGCUGCAUGCAAACAUUAUCCCCUCGGAGUCCAAGGUGGCAGUUAUGAGCACCAAGAUUGAAGUCACUCUGCGAAAGAAGACAGCAGGCCAGAAGUGGAACAAACUCGAAAGCUCAGGCACUGCUCCUACCACGACCACCGACCGUCCCGCGGCGCCAAAGGCCCCAGCUCCUGCGGUGCCUUCGUACCCGACCUCAUCUCGUCACGGCGCCAAGGACUGGGACAAACUUGCGUCCUCGCUCGCUGACAAGAAAGGAAAGGGCAGUGGAACUGUGGAUGAUUUAUCGGACGAGGAAGGCGAUGCCGUCGAUGGAUUCUUCAAGAAGCUGUACGCCAACGCAGAUCCGGAAACGCGCCGGGCUAUGAUCAAAAGCUAUACCGAAAGCCAGGGAACCUCGCUGAGCACGAACUGGUCUGAGGUUGCUAAGGGAAAGGUGGAGCCUCACCCGAACUGA